GUGAAAACAAUUCUAUCUCCUAUGACUACGAGAUAAUUACCUCAAACCGCCUUGUAACUUAUCAAUUGAACCAACAAAAUUGUCUGAAUUCGAGGUACUGUGUUAUCACAGUCAUACAUCUCUUCCAAGCUCCUUGUUCACUCAACCUUGCGCUACAAACAACCUCUACUUAUCACGACCUCUCUUAAAAAGCAAAACUCUUCUAAGAAUACGCAAGAAACCUAUCUGACACUCACAAUGGCCUCCCGAAUGCUCUUCCGAUCAGCCGCCGGCAUCGCCACAGGCCGACAAGCCAUCGCCCAACGAACAUUCACCAGCACCUCCGCCAACCUCGUCUACAAAGAGAGCAAUCUCGGCACAGACGGAUCGGACGCGGCGGACCCGGAGAAGCACAAGCAAGACGCCCUCGCGAAGCAGAAGGCCGGCAAGGGCCACUGGAAGCCGGAGCUGGCGUCCGACAGCGAGGAGGCCGUCAAAGCGGACCGCGCCCGCGGCGAGGGUAAUGAGGACAUGUCGGCCCUGCAGAACCGGACUAAAGGUGCUGCGGAGGAGACUAGCAAGUCUGGCACUAGCAUGCGGGACGGGUUGUAAGGUCUAAGAGGUACGAACGCGUGACGACGUCGGACGUGUUUCUGAUGGAACAGGGUGAAAUGAAGUGGCAUAAUUAUCUAAGAUUGAGAAGGUCGUAGUUAGCAUUGCUUGGUCGUUAUGGUAUGGCUUUAUUCGAGGCUGGGCUCUACUGCGGUUUCAUUCAUGUUGUACAAAUAAGAAACGGAGGGAAAUGGACGACGGGAUUAUUGGACCAAUAUAAGCAUAUCGCUUUGCACACUAUCGACGA